AUGAAUAACUUUAACGUUCUCCCAUGUGAAAUACUUGGAGAAAUUUUUGACUACCUUAGCGAUGUAGAUUUUGUGAACUUAUGCGUUACAUUGGAGAACAAUGUCAAAUUCACGAAGCGAUGCGCUGUCACUGGCAAAUUGCAAGAAUUACUGCAUAAAAUCGAGUGGAUUGACGAUUACCUUCGGAUUUUGAUCCCCAGAAACUUGGAAGAGGCUCCAUUUUCUAGACUCGUUAAGGCCAUUCAGUAUUACCAAAAACAAUGGAAAAGAUGUUCACAAUAUUCCCCGGUAUUUCGAUCUCCGAGAUCCAAAAAUAUUUCCAUAUUUGUUGCGUUAUCGCCUAUAGCAGAGAAUUUCUUUACCGAUACGCUGCUAUCAUUAAAAGAUGAAACUGGAAUGAAUAUAUUUGAUUAUAAGCCAACGCUUGAUGGAGUAAUUUCUGGUCAUCUCUUUUCCUUCAAUGUUUCGUUUCAUAUCUGCACGAAUGAUCAUAACGCGAAUGUUAAUGAGCACUAUGAUGGACUGAUAUAUGAAAUAUGUUUAGAAAAAUUGGCAGAUUAUUGGCAGGAUCCGUCCUCUUGGCGACGUCCAGACACUAUCAUCAAAAGGUGCAAUCUUCCUGCCUUGCUUUUUCUUGAUGAAUACAAAACUGCUAUGACCUCAGCAUGUGAAAAUAGUCUUAUGCAAAUCCAGGGAAGGAAUUUCCAUUACCUUCGCAGCGUUUACAGAAUUAUGUUGGAUAUAUCUAUCCGUGACGAACCUGCUGCUACAUUUCCAUAUGAAAAUUGUCGACUUUGGCAUUUUCUUAGAGUUGGACCUCAUUAUAAAAAUUUGCUUAUUGCUCUACGAUUUUUAUUUAUGAAGAUUUAUCAGCUGAGACAUUGA